AUAAAUUUACCUCUCCCCGGGAAGUUUCAAGUACUGGUGGUCACUCCACGCUCACGCGCGUCCGAUAGUAUUUUCCUCGUUCAUUUUCUUUGUUCUCUCGUCAUUUUUAUUCUUCGAUGCCAUCUUCCUUCUGUUCGGUCUUUCUGCUGGGCUCCGAUCGCUGAGUGCUCGUUGCUGUCUUUCUUUCCCGGCGAUCUUGCAACCAAUCUUCGGGGUGUAAACAAAAAAACGAAAAAAAAAAGAGAGAUGUGAGAAGGUCUAUGGAUAUGGAAACAGAGAUGGAGGAAUGGUGAGUUCCCACUCCUCACCUUUUAUUUGACGGGAAGACGGCGCAUAUCCCACACGCACACUAGUUCUUCUGCCUCUCCGACCACCGCUAAACGAGUUGCAGCAGCAGAAGGACAGGGCAGAUGCUAGCAGCUAAAGUUCUACCCCUCUCCUCAUCAGGUAACUCCUCCUUAGGACGGCCACCAAACCACUACCAUUUUCAUCCUAACCUCAACUUCAAACCCACCACCAUUAACAAAUCCCAAGUCAUCACUCAAUGCCUCCAAUCCCCCUCCCCCUCUGUUUUAGACUCCUCCGACUCAUCGAUCCCACCCCAGCUCCGAGUUAACAUCUACUCGGAAUCCCUGCCUUUUAUCCAGAAAUUCAGGGGCAAAACAAUUGUAGUCAAGUACGGAGGCGCCGCCAUGAAAUCCGAGUCCCUCCAGUCUUCUGUCAUCAGGGACCUUGUUCUCCUCUCCUGCGUCGGCCUCCGCAUCGUCUUUGUCCAUGGUGGUGGCCCGGAGAUCAACCACUGGCUUACCCGCCUUAACAUCCAGCCAAACUUCCUCAACGGACUCCGUGUGACCGAUGCCUCCACCAUGGAAAUAGUCUCAAUGGUCCUUGUUGGAAAAGUCAAUAAACACCUAGUCGCCUUAAUCAACAAGGCUGGUGCCACAGCCGUUGGCCUCUCCGGCAUUGACGGUCGCCUGUUCACUGCCCGUCCAAACCCGAAUUCCGCCCAGCUAGGGUUCGUCGGGGACAUCGCCACCGUCGACCCCUCUGUGCUUUUCCCACUUAUCAACACCAACCAUAUUCCCGUGAUUGCAUCCGUGGCGGCAGACGAGGAAGGGCAGUCGUAUAACAUCAAUGCGGACACGGCUGCUGGAGAGCUGGCGGCUGCGUUGGGGGCUGAGAAGCUGAUCCUGUUGACGGAUGUGGCGGGGAUUCUGGAGGAUAAGGAAGAUAUAGGGAGUUUGGUGAAGGAGAUUGAUAUCAAGGGGGUGAAGAGGAUGGUGGAUGAAGGGAAGAUUGCGGGCGGGAUGAUUCCCAAGGUGAGUUGUUGUGUUAGGGCGAUUGCGCAAGGAGUUAGGACAGCGAGUGUCAUCGAUGGAAGGCUACCACAUUCUUUGCUGCUUGAGAUUCUUACUGACCAAGGGGCAGGAACUAUGAUAACUGGGUGAACUUUCAUAUACUUGUUUGUUGAGAGGUUUUCAGUAAGUGGAAAAUGGUCUUAGCAUCUCUACAGUUUUCAACUUUGAAAGUGGUCCAUUUCCUAGCGAAUUGUUACUGUAUUUUGGUUACCUUACUAUGCUUCAAAUGAAUUAUGUGGUGUUUUAACA